CCUCAACCGAAGUUUCUUCACCUACCUGACAAUCGAGGAGGUCCAUUCGACCAUGUCGGCUCCUUCUGCUGUAGACGACUAUAACAAUAUCACCAACGAUGGCGAAGAAGGAGAAGAGGAAGAAGAAACCACCGCUGUGGAUUUCUUACAGUCCAUGAUGAUGCAAGACGAUGAACAGGAUGAAGACGAACCAGCUUCCAGCGCCCUCUCAAGUACGCCAUCAGCAGACCCUCAAUACAAUCCGAAAAAACCUCUCUGGUGGAAAAAGAUUUCUGGAAGACCCACCAAGUCACAAAAACGAUCCAUAGAGGCCAUGUCUCAAUUUCGACUUCCAAGAGUAGAUUAUGGAUCAUUCUUGGAUUGGGAGGAAAUCUUUGCAUCAACUACCCCCCAAGAUAAUACUAAUAAUGCAGGACGAGAAAUCUGGUUGGAAAUUGGAUUCGGAACGGGUGACAAUUUGCUUGCCUCGGCACACCAGCAUCCGGACAGGUGUUUUGUGGGAGCCGAAGUGCACACGUCAGGGAUUGGCAAACUCUCACAACGAAUGCAUCGGGCCAUUCUGCAAAGUCAGCACUGGACGGGGUAUACCGUCUUUACACCGGAACGGUCCAAUCAACCACAAACACCAGAACAGCCUGAUCCGGAAGAGGACGAAGAAAUUGACAGCGACACGCCACUGCCAGACAGUACUAUUAGCAAUAAUCUCUACUCCAAUCUACGAAUUUACGGUGGGGAUGGUGUCAAAUUGUUGCCCUACAUUCCCACCAGUUCCCUAUCCGCAGUUCUCAUUACCUUUCCCGAUCCCUUCCCCAAACAACGACAAAUUCCCUAUCGUGUGGUGCAAACGCAAACUCUGCUCGCACUACAUCGAAUCCUGAAGCAUGCGGGUCGUCUGUUUGUUGCUACCGAUCAUGAAGGACACUCUCAAUGGUGCCGUGAAAAGGUCCAUCAAGUCAAUACGAAUGCAAGGCAACAAAAACAAGAGCAACAAGAGCAGCAGAACCAACUGUUUGUAUCUGUAGAGGAUUUUGAUCGCACGGAAUGGCUCCCAGUCAUUAGCAAGUACGAGCAAAAGGGAUGGAAUGAGGGGAGAACGACUCAUUUGAGUUGUUGGCAGGUAGUUAAGUAAUUAGUACAGCGUAGAACUAUUUAAUAAUCCAAAAUGUGUGGUGAAUAAUCAAUCUACAUUGGCGAAGAGCGUAAC